UCAAGACAGUUACGGAGAAGAGUUGAAAACACCUGAUGAUUUCAUGGACAAUCCGCUCCAUAUCUCAUUUAAGUGUUGAAAGAUAAUCUACCUCGAAUCUUGAUUUUUGUUGAGUUUUGUGUUAUUUAUCUGAAGCCUCUCCAGUUGUAAAUCUCAUAUUGUUCAUUUUUAUAGAAAUAAUUAGAAAUAACGUAACUAGGUGAUAAGGAAACAUUGCACUAUAUUUUGGAUUGUUUCUAUUCUACUAUUUUGCACUAAAAUAUUGGUGAAGAUGCACACCACGCAGAAGGACACGACCUACACGAAGAUUUUUGUCGGGGGUCUUCCGUAUCACACCACGGAUUCCAGUCUCAGGAAAUAUUUUGAAGUGUUCGGAGAAAUUGAAGAAGCUGUCGUGAUUACCGAUCGACAGACCGGCAAAUCCAGGGGGUAUGGAUUUGUGACGAUGGCUGACCGCUCGGCUGCAGACAGGGCCUGUAAAGAUCCGAACCCCAUCAUCGACGGUAGGAAAGCCAAUGUCAACCUGGCGUACCUGGGGGCCAAGCCACGGGUGAUGCAGCCAGGUUUCACCUUUGGUGUUCCACAAAUUCAUCCUGCCUUUAUCCAAAGGCCUUAUGGGAUCCCUGCUCACUAUGUGUACCCUCAGGCCUUCAUGCAGCCAAGCACCAUGGUCAUCCCUCACGGCAUGCAGCCCAGUGCUGCCUCUGCCUCCACCGCCUCCUCCCCGUACAUCGACUACACCGGAGCAGCCUACGCACAGUACUCCGCCGCCGCGGCUAGCGCUGCUGCCGCCGCAGCCUACGAGCAGUAUCCCUACGCCGCCUCCCCUGCGGCAGCCGGGUACCUAACCGCAGCCGGUUAUGGCUAUGUUCAGCAGCCCCUGGCUACGGCCGCACCGGGUUCAGCCGUCGCUGCAGCCGCAGCCUUCGGUCAGUACCAGCCUCAGCAGCUGCAAGCAGACCGCAUGCAAUAGCAGCCACUGCAGCCAUUGGACACAACGGGAUGGGAGGCCCGCGGCCGGCCUCGGCUGAUUGGCUGUGAAGAGGAUAGGACGAUGAAGAGGAAGAGAGAGGGGCCAUGUCGGUGAUGAUGAUGGUGAGGUGGGAACUCCAUACAGUAGCUUUCCAACUUGCUGUGUUUAAACCAAAAACUUUAUAAAUUCACAAAACUAAGUAAGGAAGGUGGAUUUAUCCUUAUGAUUAUUAUUGUUGUUAUUAAUAUAAUUAUUACUAUCAUUAUAAUUGUAGUAGAGUAUUUAUUUCUAGAGGAGAAAUGCAACAACUAAUCACAGUGGUUGUAGCUUGGUGUAAAACAUGACUUUAUGUUCCAUUGCUGUCAUUAACAUAGGAGAGAGAGAGCGUUCUCUUUAUGGGACACUUAGACGUGUCCCGAAGUGCCCUUGCAACCUAUAUUUACUAUCACGUUUCGAGGGCUCUUGUCCUUCUGUCUUUUCAAGUGCAUUGAAGUAAAUUGUCUGAUAAUCAGGGAAAUGUAUCAGUUUCCAGUGUGUUAGUAAAGACAACCUCUGCAUGUCAGGGAGUAGUUGAAAUAACUGUGGAGAAAAUGAGAAGAUUUGUAGCUUGUGUCACACGUUAAGAACUACCUUUUUAACUUCCUGAUGAUGAAUGUCCCUUUUUUGACUCUGUAUCUUGACCUCUUGACCUAUGCAAAGCAAACAAUUUAGCAGGAGACAAAAAAACUGCAGGAAUAACCGAAAAUGCCGUCAACUCUUCAAAGCGCAUCACAAACAAUAUGAAGGCAACUCACAGAGAGAGAAAGAAAAGCAUGUUUUCAGACAAUGAGAAGCACCAAAUCUGUUAGUCUCAAACACAUACACAUGGCUGCAUGCAAACACACGCACACACACACACACGCAUACGCAGUUGCGUACAUAGUGGUAAAGGUCAAUGGACCCAGUCGUGGUCUCUGCCUCUGUGCAAUGGGAUCUAGUCAGAGAGAAAGAGAGAGAGAGGGAGGGAGAGAGAGAGGGAGCAGCUGGGGAGGGGUCUGGGGAGGGGUCUGGGGAGGGGGCUGGGGAGGGGUCUGGGGAGGCGGCUGGGGAGGGGGCUGGGGAGGGGUCUGGCACAGUUCGCCCAGCGCCACACAGACGGAUCACUCUGGAAAUAACGCAUCACUUGUCCUCAUUUGUUGAGCUGUCACAUUUUAAUCCCGGGGCCCAUUUGGGAACUGUCUCUCCUCUGUCCUGCCUGCCUGGCCCUGUCAGCACUUCCACCUCUGUCCUUUAUCCUUUGUCCUAGAGCCGACCGACUGGGCUGGUGUCAGGUACACACACACUUCCCUCCUAUGCUAACCCUCACCAACCCCCUGGCCCUGUACCCACUCCUCACAGCCUCACCAACCCCCUGACCCUGUACCCACUCCUCAUAGCCUCACCAACCCCCUGACCCUGUACCAACUCCUCACAGACUCACCAACCCCCUGACCCUGUACCCACUCCUCACAGCCUCACCAACCCCCUGACCCUGUACCCACUCCUCACAGCCUCACCAACCCCUGACCCUGUACCCACUCCUCAUAGCCUCACC